UUCCAAGGAAUAUUUUGAAACCAUAAUUCCAUUCACCUCUAUGAAGUAUGAUCUUGUUUUCUCUUGGCUCGUGGUGAGAAAAAAAAAAAAAAAAAAAACUUGACCUGCAGCUGCUUGUCCUCCAAGGGCAAGAAGUCAAAGAAACGACACAUACCGAAAUAUAAAUGCGUCGAAACUUCUAUAAAUUAUAUGAUUUUGGUUUUCUUUUGACAAGUUUCAGUGGAUUUAGUCUUCUCAGCCGACAUUUUACGGAUUAUUAGUGCUUCUUCACCGUCUGUGAUUAAGCCAGUCCAUCAAUUCCUCCCAAAACCAGCAAAUUAAAGUCAUUUCACAUGGAGACUUUGUCGCCAGGAAGAGCUAAAAAGAUCAGUAGCUUUUGCAUCAGAAGCCAUAACAAGGAUAGCAAGAACCCAUAUUCGAAUCGUGGGUUAGACAAAUUCUCUGCACUUCUAGCUGAGCUUGAAGAGAAGAAGCAAAAGAUUUAUUCACAAAAGGGCUCAGAAGAUAUAUCUUUAGUUCGUUUCGUCUAUAAAGACAUGGAUAACUGUGUUCCAAUUGUGGUAAAGAAGAAGAAAGAGAAAAACAAGAGUGGCGGUGAUAACAAUGCUACGCCCUUGCAGCAUGAAUCAGAAACGCGCUUGGAUGAUAAGUUUCUUGUGGAUCAAUCAAAGGAUGAAGGCAAGCUUUCAAGAUCCGUAUCAGAUAAUAAGUUGGUCACUAAAAAAAAGAGCUUUUCUUGGAAUGAGAUAAAGUUAAACCACUGGAGGCGACCCUCUUAUUACUUGCCGGCAGCUGUGAUCUUGAUUUUGCUGUCUUUAUUGUUCUUUGGGAGAUCAUUUGCAAUACUUUGCACCUCUAUUGGAUGGUACAUAGUGCCUAUAUUACAGGGAGAGAGCCCGUCAAAUGAAACAACCCAUGAAAGGAAGAAAAAAUAUACAAGAAGAAUGAGCGAGAUCAAGAUGGUUUCUCAUGAAAUCUCUUCUCCUAAGAGCAGUAAGAGUGGUAAUAUCUCUGGGGUCAUUAAAGAUCAAUCGAGAGGACUACGUGGAAGUAGGAACAGCUGGUGAAGAUGAUGAUCAUCAGAUCCUUUGCUUUGUCGCUUGUAUUUGUUCAUUGAUGUAAAGUAAUUCAAUCUCAUGUUUGGCCUGAGGACAAAUGUAAAUUAUGAUUAGCAAUUAAUUAAUUAUUGUUGGUUGAGUAAUUAAGGGUGGAGAGCAACAACCCUUUUCAAGUGAUGAACAAGUUAAUUUGUAUGCCAUUGGUAUUGUGAUUUUGUAA